AUGGAACAGUUCACCAUAUACGCCAGCCUUUCCGUCUUAUUACUCAGUACUACCGUGCUGUUUGCGGUUGCUACUUGGUAUCUUCCGGACCGCCAGGUCGAGAAGGUCAUCCUCACUAUUGGCUACUUGGCCCUCGCCUACGGGUCCUUCCUCCCGGUGCUACCUUAUUUCUCAAAGUCGUACAGAGAAAGCGGCCACCGAGGCCUCGCCCUGUUCCUGGCAACGCACACGUAUUGGGUAAACUGGUUCGUCAGCUUCGGCAUAUUCCCCGUAUCGUUGUUCUGCCAGUGGCUUUGCAUGAAGGGGCAGCCUGUGCCACGGAGCCUAAGCGUCGAGGGGCUCGCGGCGCAAUCUGUGGCGUUUGUCCUAACGGGCGUGUCGUGGACGUGGCGCAUGACGGUAGACAAGGCCACGUGGGCCGAGUGGUAUAUGUUUGUCGGCUAUGCCGCGGUUGAUAACUUGCUCUUUGGCGUUGUCCAAGGCAUUCUUUGUCUUUUCAUCUGCGGGAAGACAAGGCCGGUAGAGGGCCGGGUCGAUGAAGAUGAGGCCCGCCCUCUACUUCCAAACUAG